AUGAUCGCACGGCGACACAAGCACACGAAGCACAUCCCGCAAGAAGAGGUUUUUGAUGUGCUGAAUCGCCAUGAACCGCUCCCUGCUGCUUCAUGGCUGCAGCUGCCAGUGGUUCGCAAUACCCUUUUGAUUUGGAAGAUUAACAGCAUAAGAUGCUUAGUUGGAAAACCCUCCUGGCUCAUCAACUCGGCUGUGGAUGAGGAGUUUUGUAAAGUGAAGUGGUGGAUGGCAGCGCAGGAGACGAGCUCCAAAAAUUCCGGGGUGCAUCGCCCGUGUGGUUUUGUCCCACGGGAGCUGUUUGUCGUCGAGGUGCUGGAUCGCUUUCAUGUGGCCAACAUGUACCAGCGGAUGAUGUGA